AAGUCAGACGUAGGCACAGAGGCCCCUGCCAGGUCCUCCCAGGACAGAGCUGGGGGAGCAAGCUGGAGAGGAAGCUGCUUCCCUAGGACGCUCACGUCUGGGGCCAGAAGCCAGAAGCCAGGAUCCAGCAGCCUUCCACAGGUAACAUCUGUGCUGUGCCUGGAGGCACAGGAGAGACUGUGCCCGACUCAGUCUCUGGGCAGAGGAUUGCGAUAGCGCGCUCCUACUGACACUGUGCAGGGUUUCCACGAGCGAGCGCACUGCUGAGCAGUCUUCCCCAGUGGCCUCUGGGGGGUGGUGGAGAAUCAAUAGGGCCUUUGUGCUGGGUAGCUUCCCAGCGAGAAACACUGGUGAAUGAGUCGCACGACCAAACGACCUGGCCCCGCCCUGCCAUCUGAGGAUGUGAUAGGGCAGCAGGGUUUGGAAGCGUAGGGUCAGGGCCAGGGUGGGGGUGGUUCUUUGCACUCCUUAAACUGACUUUGGGUGUCCUCAGGUCAGCCAUCUCGCGUGUCCCCCGCUGUCAGCAUUAGUGAGGCCCCCUUCUGGCCGGCAGCACCUUGGGAAGGCAAUGAGAGCCUUGAGGGAAGAACCAGAGCAGGCUGAUAGCGUGAGGCCAGCAGGAUGGCUCAGUAGGGGAAGCUAGCGCCCAGGCAGCUUGGACAAAGCGGAGGGAGAGUCCUGAAGGCGCUGGCCCAGAUCCUGGAGAAGGGACCAAGCAUUUGGAGUAGGCUGGGAGAAGGGGGCGAGCCCACCUAGUGCCAGUGUCAAGGGGAGAGUGCACAGGAGCGGGAUUCAGGAUCUGGGACCGCAUUUGUGACCAACAGGGCCUUUGGGUUGCGCAGGUGUUGUUCUAGUUCUAAUAGUAACUGUGGCGCUAAUAGGUGUGUUGGGCCCCGACUGAGGUGGGUGGGGCAGUCUAUGUCCUCGGUUAUCCGCGACCCGAAUCUUAAAAUGUGACCCCUGCAGACCCUGUGCUCCAUCCCAUCCCCAACCCUAGCCUGCCGUCCUUUCUUGUUCCCGCUCAAUCACAGGCCUUGCGCGCUGGGAGACUGGGCGCGGCAGGUGGUUGCAGCAUCACCCCGCUCCAGACCCUCUUCUCCAGCCCAGCUCCGUUCAGCCCUCCCAGAGGAGACGCCCUGCGGUAUUUGGAGCCUCAUUCCCCUCACCCCACUGCAUGUGGCUCUUGGAGAAAGUAGGCUACAGGGCGGAGCCGGGGACUGGCUGGGCGCGCUGCAGGCUGCUCCCGGAGAGACGCGCCCCGAGCCUGCGCGCCCGCGCCUGCCCCAACGUGCUCACCCCGGACCGCAUCCCGCGGUUCUGCAUCCCGCCGCGACUCGCAGACCCGAGCGGCACCGACCCCCACGCCGCGCGCGGCGUCCCCGCGGCCUGCUCGCUGCCGCACCUGGCGGGCCGUGAGGGCUGGGCCUUCCUGCCCGAGAGUCCGCACACGCGCCGCCGCGAGUCCCUGUUCCACGCGCCGCCGCCCGGCCUGGCCGCGGGGCUGCCCCCGGAGCCGUCUCGGCUGCACGUCUCGGCCCCGGACCUGCGCCUCUGCCUCGUCCCGGACAGCGACACGGCCUCGUCGUCCGACUCGUCGCCCUUCAGCUCCCCGCGGCCGGGCGCGGGCGUGGAUGAGGACGCGGGCCGGGCCGGGCGCGGGCCGCUCUCGCGGUCCCUCGAGGGGGCGCGCUCCGCUGACUGCAGCGCCAACCCCAUCUUCAACCAGGACUUCUUCUUCGAAGGGCUGGGCCCGCCCGACUUGGCCGCCCGCAGCCUGAGGGCCAAGGUGCUGGACAGGGGCGCGGGGCUGCGCAGGGACGUGCUGCUGGGGGAAUGCGAGACGCCCCUCAUUGCCCUGCUGCCACCGUUGAGUGUAGGGCUGAGCCCAGGGUCCUUCCUUGCACCCACGCAUCUCAGCCUGUAGCUCAAGACAACUUGCUCCGGAGGUCACCGCUCUCCCCGCAGUUCUCUUUCUCUCCAGCCAUCUGUCGUCUGCUGUGUGUGUGUUUGCUAAUAAAAUGCCGAUCUCGCCCCUUGUUGGCACCCUACACUGGCGUUUGCAGCCUUUGCGUUCCUUCUGGACAGGCCACACACCGGACAAAAACACUCGUUCUGGUUGUCUGGGUUGUGGGUUGGAAUA